AUGGCUAAUAAAAGAGCAAAGGCGUUCAACAAGCACAAGCCAUGGAUCGAGACUUCGUAUCAUGGAGUCAUUACUGAGAACAAUGACACAGUCAUCUUGGACCCACCACUGGUAGCCCUGGACAAAGAUGCACCCAUUCCUUUUGCAGGGGAAAUUUGUGCAUUCAAGAUACAUGGCCAAGAGCUGCCCUUUGAGGCCGUGGUGCUCAACAAGACAUCAGGAGAGGGCCGGCUCCGGGCCAAGAGCCCCAUCGACUGUGAGCUGCAGAAGGAGUACACGUUCAUCAUCCAGGCCUACGACUGUGGCGCAGGGCCCCGGGAGACAGCCUGGAAGAAAUCACACAAGGCUGUGGUCCAUAUUCAAGUGAAGGAUGUCAAUGAGUUUGCUCCCACCUUCAAAGAGCCAGCCUACAAGGCCGUCGUGACAGAGGGCAAGAUCUAUGACAGCAUCCUACAGGUGGAGGCUGUUGACGAGGACUGCUCCCCCCAGUACAGCCAGAUUUGCAACUACGAAAUUGUCACAACUGAUGUGCCUUUCGCCAUCGACAGAAAUGGCAACAUCAGGAACACCGAGAAGCUGAGCUAUGACAAGCAACACCAAUAUGAGAUCCUGGUGACCGCCUACGACUGCGGACAGAAACCCGCUGCUCAGGACACCCUGGUGCAGGUGGAUGUGAAGCCAGUUUGCAAGCCUGGCUGGCAAGACUGGACCAAGAGGAUUGAGUAUCAGCCUGGCUCGGGGAGUGUGCCCCUGUUCCCCAGCAUCCACCUGGAGACGUGCGAUGGGGCCGUGUCCUCCAUCCAGAUCACCACAGAGCUGCACACCAAUUACAUUGGGAAGGGAUGUGACCGGGAGACCUACUCUGAGAAAUCCCUUCAGAAAUUGUGUGGAGCAUCCUCUGGCAUCAUUGACCUCUUGCCGUCCCCCAGCGCUGCCACCAACUGGACUACAGGACUGCUGGUGGACAGCAGCGAGAUGAUCUUCAAGUUUGAUGGCAGGCAGGGUGCCAAGAUCCCUGAUGGGAUUGUGCCCAAGAACUUGACGGACCAGUUCACCAUCACCAUGUGGAUGAAACACGGCCCCAGCCCUGGCGUGCGGGCUGAGAAGGAGACUAUCCUCUGCAACUCUGAUAAAACUGAAAUGAACCGGCAUCACUACGCCUUAUAUGUGCACAACUGCCGCCUCGUCUUCCUCUUGCGGAAGGACUUCGACCAGGCUGACACCUUCCGCCCUGCGGAGUUCCACUGGAAGCUGGACCAGAUUUGUGACAAAGAGUGGCAUUACUAUGUCAUCAAUGUGGAGUUUCCUGUGGUUACCUUGUACAUGGAUGGAGCAACGUAUGAACCAUACCUGGUGACCAACGACUGGCCCAUUCAUCCAUCUCACAUAGCCAUGCAACUUACGGUCGGCGCAUGUUGGCAAGGAGGAGAAGUCACCAAACCACGGUUUGCUCAAUUCUUCCAUGGCAGCCUGGCCAGUCUCACCAUCCGCCCUGGAAAAAUGGAGAGUCAGAAGGUGAUUUCCUGCCUGCAGGCCUGCAAGGAAGGGCUGGAUAUUAAUUCCCUGGAAAGCCUUGGCCAAGGAAUAAAGUAUCACUUCAACCCCUCACAGUCCAUCCUGGUGAUGGAAGGUGAUGACAUCGGGAACAUCAACCACGCCCUGCAGAAGGUCUCCUACAUCAACUCCAGGCAGUUCCCGACAGCGGGCGUGAGGCGUCUGAAGGUCUCCUCCAAAGUCCAGUGCUUUGGAGAAGAUGUGUGCAUCAGCAUCCCUGACUUGGACACCUACGUGAUGGUGUUGCAGGCCAUCGAGCCCCAGAUCACGCUCCGUGGCACAGACCGCUUCUGGAGACCCGCUGCCCAGUUCGAAAGUGCCAGAGGAGUGAUCCUCUUCCCUGACAUCAAGAUCGUGAGCACUUUAGCCAAAGCUGAGGCCCCAGGUGACUUGAAGACCACAGCAGCCCCCAAAUCAGCAGUCUUAGAAGAAAUGCUUCACAACUUAGAUUUCUGUGACAUUUUGGUGCUGGGAGGGGACUUGGACCCAAGACAGGAGUGCUUGGAGCUUAACCACAGUGAGCUCCAUCAGCGACACCUGGAUGCCACCAACUCCACUGCAGGAUACUCCAUCUACGGUGUGGGCUCCAUGAGCCGCUAUGAGCAGGUGCUGCGUCACAUCCGCUACCGCAACUGGCGUUCUGCUUCCCUUGAGGCCCGACGGUUCAGGAUCAAGUGCUCGGAACUCAACGGGCGCUACACCAGCAAUGAGUUCACCUUGGAGGUCAGCGUCCUCCAUGAGGUCAGAGUUUCAGACAAGGAGCAUGUCAACCACCUUAUCGUGCAGCCUCCCUUCCUGCAGUCCGUCCACCACCCUGAGUCCCGGAGUAGCAUCCAGCGCAGUUCAGUGGUCCCAAGCGUCGCCACGGUGGUCAUCAUCAUCUCUGUGUGCAUGCUAGUGUUCGUGGUGGCCAUGGGCGUGCACCGAGUCCGGAUUGCUCACCAGCACUUCACUGAAGAGGCCGAGGCUGCCAAGGAGGCCGAGAUGGAUUGGGAUGACUCUGCGCUCACUAUCACAGUCAACCCAAUGGAGAAACAUGAAGCACCGGGGCGUGGGGAAGAUGACACUGAGGAGGAGGAGGAGGAGGAGGAAGGAGAGGAAGACAUAAGCUCCAGCAGCAGUGACUCGGACGACAGCGAUGACCAGGAGGAGGAAGGGAUGGGCAGGGGCAGACGCGGGCAGAGCGGAGCCAGGCAAGCCCAGCUGGAGUGGGACGACUCCACCCUCCCCUACUAGUGCCUGGCUCUCGGGGCCCGCCCACCUGUCCCUUUUGUAAGGCCCACCUGAUGUAUGCUGAGUCUAUCACCGUCACCUCUGACUUCUGUGACAGGCUAGGCAGGCCUUCCCCUGCCUCCUGGAACCCACCCCUCACACCUUGGACACUCCUUGUGUCCCAGAGUGGUUCCUAGAAGCCCAGUGUCACCCCCAGUGGGGACUUUAGGUUAUACCUUGUCCUGCAGCCCCCACUGCUCCUGCCCUGGGCUCCCCGGCACCCUGUCUGCCAACCUGCAGAGUUCUGCUUUUGCUCUUCUCUGCAGGGGAAAAGGUUAGCCUGUCUGUCACUCACUUCCCCCAGGCUCUGUGUCCCCAAGGCCCUUGGUCUGCAGUUCAUUGUGUAUGUACCUGACUCUUAUCAUCUCUCCAUGCAGAACAGCAGGUUUUCUUGAGCUAACUCUCCAAGUGGCUUCAUUCAGGCAGGGUGGUCGGACUUCGCAUACCUGAGGUCUUGGUCCUUAACACUUUAAAGAAAGUCCUUGCUGAGGCAGAAUUAAGUUCACGGGGAGAAGUUUACAUACUCACACAUGCACACACAUACUCUCCCCAGUUUGGACAGCCUUUCCCUUUGAACUUUCUGAGGCCAUAUAAGCUUAUAUGAAAAGUCUGAAACCUUAGCCACAGCAGGACUUGGUCCCCAGCCAAAGCUACCUGAGUCUACCUGCCUGGCAGCUGCUGAGACCGGUGUGGCUGCCUUGCUGGGGGCUUCCACCCCGUGAAACCACAGGAUCCAGGAAGCAUUCCACACAGGCGCUGCCCCAGGCGGAAGCCAUGACAAGCCUGUAGCCAGGGCUCAGAAGGAAGGGCUGAUGAGGUGACACCACCGGGCUUCAUGCAGGGCGUCGAUCUAGAAGACGGGGGUGGCUGGGCUCUCCCAGGCCAGAGGGCGGCCUGAGGUUGACAAGGUUGUCACCACCUAGUCUUAUGGUCCUUCGUCCUCUUUUUCCUACUGGUUUGCCUCUUGAGAAAAUACAUUCUUCUUGGAUGUAUUAGAACAAGCGUGAACUGCAUCAAGUCUAAAAUGAAAGUUUGGAAAUUUAUCUGCUGGGAAUUAGAAGCAUAUUUGCGGUGAUAGCUGUUUCUUUCUUGUCCUCAUAAAAGGAGCAGCACUUAGGGUGGAGGGCAAAUAUAUCUAAAAACCUAAUUUAUUUACUUCUUCUUUUUCUAAUAAGGAAAUCUUUUCCAUCUCCUUCCUAACAUGGACACCUCUUGAGGAGAAUUGUUGCUAUAGUAACUGGUCUGUGAUCUUUGGUGGCCAAGAGAAUAGCAGGCAAGAAUUAGGGCCAUUAUAGGACUUCCAUGAGGCUCGAAUGUCUUGGGCUUUGUCCUCAGUAUGUGUGAUCUGUCCACAUCCUCCCAGCCUCCCCUAGUCCAUCCUGUAUUGGCUUGGCACAGGCACAAAGCUAGUCCCUAGUUACAGGUGCAUUCAGGUUCAAAAGAAAGUUCAGAAUCUGCUCACUGUACUCCAUGUCAUUAAAUCUACUUAUGAAGGAGGACAGCUGUCAAUGUCCUCUAGUCUGACCUUCACCCAGGGAGGACCCAUAAUAGGCCUUUGCAACCUUCUGAUUCCAGAAAACUAACUUUUGUAGCUUUUUCCAUCACCUAAAAUGUUUUUUGUUUCUGUUUCCUCUUUUGAGCCUCUUUAUAAUCCCGUGAGGUAGCUGGGACAUCUGUUGUCAGAAACAUUUUCAUUAUGAGUAAACUGGGGUUCAGUGACUCAAGCAUCUUGCUCAGAAUCAUUCAGAGAUAUACAAGACUAGAUGCCCUGCUUUCUAUUCCUGGUCCUGUGCCCACUACCCCGAUUCUACUUAUGUUCGUAUUUACACAGCUAACAGGUAUUGAGGACCUACUAUGUGCUGGGGACUCGAACAGAAGUUGUGGGAAAGGAAUAAGGCUGAGUAAGAUAAGUUCCUCCUUUCAGAGGACUUGAUGGUUGCAGAGGAGAAGCCUCUUGCAAAGGGGCAUAGAAAUUAUACAAGAGAUUAGACGUAGAGGAGGGAGAGAAGUCACAGGAAGAAGAGGGACACAUUCACAAACUCAACCCGUGCUCUUAUUUUUCCCUUCUUAGGGAAAAACGUUGGCAGAAGUUUGGUUUUGUAUUCAUCGAAUGGAAAUAGACACCUCUGUGAAUUCCCCCAACCAAAUAGCUUUUACCUAUCAGGCCGUGUCUGCACAUUGACAAGGAGGAAAUCUGUAGGACUGUGUAGUUCUCACAGUACCCUUAGUGAAAUAAAAAGAUUCUUUGGUCAUUUAGGAGCUAACAGAAUUCUCCCAAUUUUAUGGCAGUAAAAUGAGUACUUUAUAUGUUUAAAACCAAUUUUCGUUUGAAUUGGAUUUUGAUUUAAAAUAUGUAAGUCCAGCGUUCCUGAGAGCACCUGUCUGGGUGGGGUGGGGAAGGUGUUCCUUGCCCUCAGGCUGUUUUCAGUGGCUGCAUCACUUAUUCAUGGUUGA